GCCAAGCAACAAAGGGCUUUUGCUUGUAGCCCAUACUUCUAUAUCCCCCAAAACUUAUUUCUGUUUUCUUCACUUUCAACAUUUGCGUCUUGCUGCAAAUCAAAAGCGGGAAAGGAUCACAGAAAAUCAAGGGCACUCUUUCUCUCUCUUUUUGCUCUUUCCCUUUACAACUCUUCAUUCCCAGAGUCUCAUUUAAGAAUAAUCUUAAAAGAGUUAGUUGAGAAAACCCAAGUUUAAGAUAUGUCAGGAAGCAGGAAAGAAACAGUUUUGGACUUGGCAAAGUUUGUGGACAAAGGUGUCCAAGUCAAGCUCACUGGUGGUAGACAAGUGACAGGGACUCUAAAAGGAUAUGAUCAGUUACUAAACCUUGUUUUGGAUGAAGCUGUAGAGUUUUUGAGAGAUGCUGAUGAUCCACUGAAGACUACUGAUCAAACCAGGCGCCUGGGCCUAAUAGUUUGCAGGGGAACCGCUGUAAUGCUUGUGUCCCCGACAGACGGCACAGAUGAGAUUGCCAACCCUUUUAUCCAGCCAGAAGGGGCCUAGGCAUAUAUCUUUUUUGUAAUUUAAUCAGUGAUCUAAAUCUGUAUGCUUUAACCAGUUUAAUUCUAAGAAACCUUAAUGGGGAGAAGUUAGUGAUGAGCCUCAUUUUAAAGGCUUACUUUGCAGACUUGAAUGUUGUCAUCUCUGGACUAAAGUAGUAAGAUCGUUAUCUUUCUUUGUUUUCUUUUGAACUGAAUUGAUGAAUAUGCUAGAGGUGGUUUGAAGGCCCACUGGAAAUUGACAAACU